GCUCCGUCAGUGUUGCUGUUCUCCGUUGUUCAGUCAUCGUCGUUUCUGCGCCUGCGCAAAAACUUCUGCAUUCGCAGUAUGUCUGAAGAUCGGCGGGGUCUCGUCUACCUGAUCACGGGGGGCUGCGGCUUCCUCGGCAAGCACCUGCUUCGGGUUUUACUGGAGAAUGAGGACAACCUGACGGAAAUCCGACUGUUUGACAAACACAUAGACUCACGUUUGAGCGGACACGGCACAGAGUUGAAAAAGGUGGUGGUCAUCCAGGGAGACAUCACAGACUACAGCAGCGUGUCGGAGGCCUGUAGCGGGGCAGAUGUCGUCAUCCAUACAGCCAGCUUGGUGGACGUUUGGCACAAAGUGCCGGAGGCCCUCAUCUACUCUGUCAACGUCACAGGAACAGAGAAUGUGAUCAACGCCUGUGUGGAGAACAGCAUCCAGCAUCUGAUCUACACCAGCAGUAUGGAAGUGAUCGGACCCAACAUCAAGGGAGACCAUUUUAUCAGGGGUAACGAAGAUACACCUUACAACGUGUGCCACGCCAUGGCUUAUCCCAAGAGCAAGGCGAAGGCAGAGAAAAUUGUGCUGGAAGCUAAUGGAACCAAGGUGAAGGAUGGAAAGCGUCUGUACACGUGCUCUCUAAGGCCGACGGGGAUCUACGGCGAGGGGCACGAGCUCAUUAGGGAUUUCUACAAGAACGGUGCAGAAAGGAGAGGCUUGAUUAUCGGGGGCGUCCCGGACAGCACUGAACAUGGACGAGUCUAUGCUGGCAACGUGGCAUGGAUGCACGUACUUGCAGCCCGUGCCCUGAGGGAACGCCCGCAAACAGUCGGAGGCGAGGCUUUCUUCUGCUACGAUGAUUCACCCUACAAGAGUUACGAGGAUUUCAACAUGCUGUUCCUCUCCACUUUUAACUUCAGAAGGGUGCGCAUGCCCUUCACGGUGCUCUGGUUCCUCGCCAUGGUUAACGACAUACUCCGUUGGAUACUAAGCCCCAUUUACAACUACACGCCUUUGCUGAACAGUUACACCUUGGCCGUGGCCAGCACUUCGUUCACGGUGCGCACGGAGAAAGCCCUGCGCCACUUCCAGUACCGUCCCCUGUACGACUGGGACCAGUGCCGAGAGCGCACGCAGAAAUGGGUCGACACGUUUCCUCUGGAGAACUCCAAAGACUCCUAAAGUGAACUCAAGUGCUGCAACGCGCAUCAGAAGCUGCUAUCGUAUGUAGUCACGCAGGAACCCCGAGUAUAGACGUGUAAACGGAGCAACCUGCUGUUAGGUGACAAACAUUUAAUUCCAACUGUAAUUCAGUGAGCUUCAUGGAAAUAUAAGAACAGCAUAUACGUACAUACAGAAUGAUAUAAACUGUUGCUAAUAAACAUUUAAUCAUUCAAUCACAGGUUGAAAAAUUGACCUGUGUGCUGAAGUGCUUUUAUAAUAUUCCAAGUGAUAUUUUAGCGUUGCAGCAGUCAUUUCUGCCUGCAAACUAUCAAAAAGGGUAUCUCGUACCACUAACUGAAAAAUUCUCAUGAAACAAACAAAAAAAUGCAAUAUUUAUCACUGAAAUGUAGCUGUGUUUUAAUUCUACUACUUAGUUUUUUUUGUAGUAUUUAGGAUACAUUUUAAAUUCAACAACAAAAUUAUAUUUUUAUGAACUUUUCAGAGCACAAAUUCCAAAGACAAGUUCAAGUUCCUAAGACAAGAUGAUUUGUAAGAUGGUUUGUAAAAAAAAGAAAAAGUGAAAGGAUGUAAAAACAGCCGAGUAGCGAGAAUAUCAAAGAUGGAAAUGUAGUUUUGAAAAGAUGCUUUUUUUUUUCCAAGUGGAUUUAAAGAAGACUUUUUAAAAAUAUGACACUGAUUUUCUCCGUUGAGGUGCUAAUCACAGAGAGAGAUUCGUGCAAAUCCGUUACUACUGCAUUUGUUAUAUUGUGUUUAUAGCUGAAGUGUAAACACAAUUAAAUUAUUUGUUAAGCUGAUAUUAACAGCUUUGUUAAAUAAUUUACGAUUAAUAAUUGGAUUCCACUGGAUUCAGUAGUAGUAGUAGUUUUUUUUUUGUUUUUUUGUUUACCACCAUUGAUUGUAUUGGAUUGUAGCUUUUUGUUUAGACUAUGCCUUUAGCAUUUAGAUGUGAACUAUUUCUACACCAGAGAUUGUGUAACAUCAGCAUUUGCACCUUUUUAUGUACUAAGACAAGUGUAAACACAAUUUACAAGCAUUAACUACAUGUAUAUGGACUUUAGACUUGUAUUAUUAAUAUCAUAUUUUGUGUCUCCUAAUUUAAAUGAUGUUUUUAUAAUGAGUGUUAAGAU